CGGCCUGAAGCUGUGUUGGAAUAUCAGAGGAGCCUCGUCAAACAUCUAUUACCAGAAAUAUAGGGAGGUCUCCCUCCUAUGGCCAGGGUACCAUGGGCGGUGUCCGUGACGCUGCUGCUGGUGCUCUACUCCCAGGCGGCGCACUCCGCCGCCGCCGCUCAGCAUCUGUGCGGCUCCCACCUGGUGGACGCCCUCUACUUUGUAUGUGGGGAACGAGGAUUUUUCUUCAGUCCAAACCGACCUUACAAGCGUGAUCUGGAACAUCUGCUCGGGUUCCUGUCAGAAAGGGCCAGGCAGGAGCAGCGGCUGUGGAGGACUCGGACGGGCCGCAACAAGCUCAAGGUGAAGCGGGGCAUCGUGGAGCAGUGCUGCCAUAAACCAUGCAGCAUUUACCACCUGGAGGGCUACUGCGACUGACUCGCACACUCCGCGACUAGCAACACUCAUAGCUUGUAAAAAAAAAAAAAAAGACCUGAAGUCAAUUUCUGACCCAAUACUUGCAGGCUAUGUCUUAUCAAAUGAAGGAAAUAAAGCUUCAUGACCCAUAACCCAAGGCUCU